CCAGCCAAGUGAACAGCGAUGCCUUCUAAGGUCUCCUGCUUAUACUUACUGACAGUGGUUUGCUGGGCCAGCGCUCUGUGGUACCUGAGUGUGUCCCGCCCCUCCACUUCCUACGUGGGCCAGAUGAAUAUCCCUAUCCGCAAGGUGAACAAGAACUCCACCUUCAGCAACAUCCGCACACGCUCGCUCAACCCGCACGACUUUGGCUACGUCAUCAAUGAAGCCAAGAAAUGCGAGGCGGAGCCCCCUUUUCUUGUCAUUCUGAUCAGCACCACCCACAAGGAGUUUGACGCCCGUCAGGCCAUCAGAGAGACAUGGGGUGAUGAGAGCACGUUCCCGGAUGUGCGUGUGGUCACGCUCUUCUUGUUGGGUCUCAGCACAGAUACUGUCCUCAACCAGAUGGUGGAGCAGGAGAGUCAGAUCUUUCAUGACAUAGUAGUGGAGGAUUUUAUUGACUCUUACCACAACCUGACGCUUAAGACUCUGAUGGGCAUGCGCUGGAUGGCCACUUUUUGCUCCAAAGCUCAAUAUGUUCUCAAGACAGACAGUGACAUCUUUGUCAACAUGGAGAACCUCAUCUACAACCUCCUGAAACCCACCACCAAGCCCAGGAGGAGGUAUUUCACUGGCUACGUCAUUAACGGUGGGCCAAUCAGAGACAUGCGCAGCAAGUGGUACAUGCCCAGGGAUCUGUACCCAGAGAGCAAAUACCCCCCCUUCUGCUCCGGUACCGGCUACGUCUUCUCGGCAGACGUAGCUGAGCUCAUAUACAAGACCUCAUUACACACCAGGCUGCUGCACCUGGAGGACGUGUACGUUGGCGUGUGCCUCCGUAAACUAGGCAUCCACCCCUUCCAGAACAGUGGCUUCAACCACUGGAAGAUGGCCUACAGCCUGUGCCGCUACCGCCGGGUGGUCACCGUUCACCAGAUCUCCCCAGAGGAGAUGCACCGUAUCUGGAACGACAUGACCAGCAAGAAACACCUUAAAUGUUAGCAGGACUGUGAGGGAGGAACUGAAU